AUGAUGCACCCUUCUCGACAAGCCUAUGUCGAAGAAGACACAGACAUGGGUGUCAGCCUCGCCGAUCUCCCGGUCAAUCGCGACUAUGACAUGCCAAAUGCGGAAGCUGGUAUUCCGUCUUCGCGCGCGUCAGCUAUCCUAUCACAAUUCGAGCGCAAACGCCGAGCGGCAGCGAUGGUAGUGCCGACAGACGAUACAAAAGUGCGCACACGACUACGAGAGCUUGGCGAACCAAUUACGCUAUUCGGCGAAGGGCCCUCAGAGCGACGAGAUCGUCUUCGCGAGCUACUCACCGACAUGACGGAGCAGCAAGGCGGAGAUAUCGAAAUGGAGGAACCCGAGCCCGAGGACGAAGUGGAGCAACAAGAAGAAUUCUAUACAGUGGGCACAGACGACUUGCUCGCUGCGCGCAAGGACCUGGUGCAUUUCUCUUUACCGCGCGCAAAAGCCCGAGUCGCCCGGCUGAAGGAAGAGUCGACAAUUCCCCUUCGAACACAUGUCAAGCACCGCAAGGCCGUGCGGGAAAAAUUAGAAAAGUUCGAUCUAUUCGGGUCGCAGAUUGCCGGAGACCGACCUGUGAGCAUCUGUCGCUUUGCACCGGACGGAAAAACACUUGCGACUGGAAAUUGGAGCGGUGGAAUCAAAUUGCUUUCUGUGCCGAAUUUGGACGAGGUCGCCAAUCUCAAAGCUCACACUGAUCGCGUGGGUGGAUUGUCAUGGGCUCCCGGUGCUACGUUGCCCGACUCCAAUGUUUCGCCAUCUAAUGUUAACCUGAUCUCCGGAGGCGGCGAAGGAACUAUCAAUCUCUGGUCUUUGGAUCAGGAAACGCCCUUGGCGACAUUAUCGGGACACUCUGGGCGGGUGUGUCGUACAGAAUUCCAUCCCUCAGGUCGAUAUGCGGCUUCUGCCUCUUUCGACACCACAUGGCGGUUGUGGGAUAUCGAAAAACAGACCGAGCUCUUGCUGCAAGAAGGUCACUCACGAGAAGUUUAUACCGUCGCUUUUAACAAUGAUGGCUCUCUGGUUGCUAGCGGUGGAUUUGACAGCAAUGGGCGAAUCUGGGAUUUACGGACAGGGCGAACGGUGAUGAUCCUGGAGGGUCAUAUCCGGGAGAUCUUCGGUCUGGACUGGGGUGUGGACGGCUACCGGGUACUCUCCGGCGCCGGUGAUGGCUGGGUCAAAUGCUGGGAUCUGCGGCAGGUGAAGAGCACCGGUGGCAUCGGCGCUCACAAGAGUGUGGUUUCCGAUCUCCGGUGGUACAAGGGUGCUGAAUCGGCGUCCUUCUUGCCCUCUGGCGAUAGCAUGGACAUUGAUGGCUCUGAAAAGAAGGAGCCUCUCCAGCCGAAGAAAUCAGGCACUUUCUUUGUGAGCAGUGGAUUUGACAGGAAUGUCAACGUUUUCAGUGCGGAUGACUGGUCCUUGGUGAAGACACUGAGUGGCCAUGCCGGCAAUGUCCUGAGUACGGAUGUCAGUCACGAUGCGCAGUGGAUUGCUAGCUGUGGUCAUGACCGUACGGUGAAGCUAUGGGGCAUCGACUUUUAA